AUGUCUACCCCUGUGCCGAUAGGAGAGGAUAAGAGCUCUUCUGAAUUUGUUGUUGGGCAAGCAAAUGGUGAAAGCGUCGUUGGAGACGUUGUGGAAGUAAAUGGUGUGAACCCCUCUGGUUCGGAAAGUGAUGAAUCAGGUGACGAGGAAUACCCGGAUGAUUACUGUUGGGAACGAGUGGUGAAAGACGGUCAAAGUGCGCAGAAGAAUGUCCUGCAUUUCCCUCGCUGUGUUACCAAACACUACCUGUUUUGGAACCAGAGAUCUAUAGAACUUAUAGAUGAAGACACUCGCAAGAACUAUUAUGUUGAAAUUGGCUGCAAAAGGAAGAGGAAGAAACUGUUGAAAAAGGAAAAAUUCAUGGGGCAAGGAUGGUAUCAGUUUGCGAAAAACAGGAAUCUUGGAACCGGAGACAUUUUGUUCUUCACAAUAACAUCGCCACCGAGACGUCUCUACGUUACGUUGAGAAAUCCUUAG